CUCUGCUUUGUCCUAGCUGACUUGUCGGAGAAUAUCUACCAAUAAACAGCCAUCAUGACUUCCUAUAGGUCCAGCUCUGCUUCAUACUAUUCAAGCUCAUCCGGCAAAGGUGGCUUUGGAGGCAGCAGCUAUGGAGGCAGCAGCUUUGGAGGAGGCUUUGGCAGCGGUGCAGGCUCCGGCUUCUCAUCCUCUGGGGGUAACUUUGCCAUGGCGGCGGCAGACAGUUCCAACUUAAGCAACUUCGGUGGAAAUGAAAAGCACGCCAUGCAGAACCUCAACGACCGUCUUGCUUCCUACCUGGACAAAGUAAAAGCACUGGAAGCCUCCAAUGUCACCCUGGAAGGGAAGAUCCAUGACUGGUAUGAUAGCAAAGUGGAUGCCGGCAUUGGAGCUGGGUCUAAAGAUUACAGCAAAUAUUUUGAGAUCAUCAAUGAGCUGAGGAGCAAGAUUGGUGCCGCAACUGUUGGUAACGCUACAGUGACCCUGCAAGUUGACAAUGCCAGACUGGCUGCUGACGACUUCAGACUUAAGUUUGAGAAUGAGCUGGCUCUUCGCCAGAGCGUGGAGGCUGAUAUUGCUGGCCUGCGUAGAGUCCUGGAUGAGCUGACCCUGGCUAGAGGUGACCUGGAGAUGCAGAUCGAGAGCUUGACUGAAGAGCUGGCCUACCUGAAGAAGAACCAUGAGGAGGAGAUGAGUCAUGCAAAGAGCCAGAGCGCCGGCAAAGUGAGUGUUGAGAUGGACGCGGCUCCAGGCGUGGAUCUGACCAACAUUCUGAAUAACAUGAGAGCUGACUAUGAAAUACUGGCUGAGAAGAACCGUAGGGAUGCAGAGUUGUGGUUCAACCAGAAGAGCGGUGAGCUGAAGAAAGAGAUUUCAGUUGGGGUUGAACAAGUGCAGGCCAGCAAGAGCGAAAUCACCGAGCUGAAACGGUCACUUCAGAGCUUGGAAAUUGAGCUGCAAUCCCAGCUGGCAAUGAAACAAUCAGUUGAAGGCAACCUCAGUGAAGUACAAGGCUUCUAUUCAGCGCAACUUCUACAGAUCCAGAACACUAUCAGCAGCCUAGAGGAGCAGCUUCUGCAGAUCAGGUCCGACAUGGAACAUCAGAACAUGGAGUACAAGCAGCUCCUUGACAUUAAGACCAGGCUGGAGAUGGAGAUUGAAACAUACAGGCGCCUGCUGGACGGGGAACUGGGACAGAUGACCACCGUGGCCAAGGCAAGUUCCGUGGAGUCCAAAACAGAAUCAUCAACCACUAGAACCACAAUGGUGAAAACCAUUGUCGAGGAGGUGGUAGAUGGGAAGGUUGUUUCAUCCAGAAUUGAAUAAAACCAAGGCAAUGAAAGAUAAAGGCACAAAUGAACAGGAAUGUUCCCUUAGAUUCUAAGAAAAGAAGAAAUUAUUAUAGACGUUUCUCAUAAAGCAAUAAAAGAUUUUAACUCUAAA